GCCAAAUACCUACACAAAAUAUUUUAAUGUUAGUCUUGGGUUAAAUCGUACCUGCUCGUAAAUAAGAACUAAGUGUGAAAUGGAAAAUAAUUUAAAAUCUUUAAAUUUAAACGACACAUAUAUUUCUCCAUCUUUAUCAAUGCCUAAUUUGGACUGUGACAAAGUUUUAUAUGAAUUGGAAUAUUGCGGUGAAAGAAUAAAAAUUAAGAGUGUUUCUGAAAAAAAUAGAAAAGGCGAAGAACCAAAUGAUAGCGAUAAAGAUAAAAGAUGUAGUUUUUCCGAAGAUGUCUUGGUUAUAGAUGAAGAUUACGUUGAACCAGAACAAAAAAUAGUUAUUUCACCCCAGAAAAAUGUCGGUAAAACUCAACACACAAAUUUUUCAAUUGACAGUUUGUUGGGCAAUACACAUAAAGAAAAUAAACCUGCAAGUUUUGGUAAAGAAAGUUUAAACCAAGGGCCAAUUAAGGUUAAAUCUGCUCCAGAAAAGCAACCAAAUAACAAAAUUACUGAUCAGCAGAAAGAAAAUAAAAAACAGGAUACAAAAUUAACCCUAAAUCAAUUACAAGUUCUACAUCAAGAAUUUAAUAAAUGUGCUUAUCCUUCAAAAGAAACAAGAGUGAAGUUAUCAAAAAUCCUUAACGUGAAGGAAGAAAUUAUUAAAACCUGGUUCCAAAAACGUAGAUACAUAUACAUGAAGCACGUCAAAAAACCUAUUGUGCCAACAACCACACCAAGAUUACCAAUUCCAGUGCAACACCAACAAAUUCUUAGAAGUAUUCCUCCAAGACCAAUUAUGAGACAACCAUUUGGUUUAAGAAGUUUUCCAUUCAUCACUGCCCAAUAUGGAUUACCUCAAAUGUCUCCCCAGCAGUUUGUCCAAGUGGAAGCUUAUAAUGCUGCUACUAAUUGGUUGAGAAGAUUUCAAAAUGUAUUUUCGCCUUAUAUGCACAACGGGAAUGUUGUUUUUGGUCAGAAAGUAAGGCUUCCCACUCCAGAAAUAUCACCAGUGCCACCUGUAUCGCAAUACAAAUUUUAAUUGAAUUGUAGACCAAGACAAAAUAACAUUUUUUGCUUUUUAAAAACAUUAAAAUCAUAACAAAACAUAUUAAAAAUGUAAUCCAAUGUAAAUAUAUAUUUAUUUAAAUGUAAAAUCGACUUAUUUAUAACAAAAUCAAUAAAACAAC